CCCACGCAGCCAGUACUUCAGAUUCUUAUCUCUUUGUAAAACCUGGGUCUUCCUAACUCCAAGAAACCUGUCUUCUGCCCAGAUUUGAGAGAAUUCCGAGGAGGGAGCUGCCUCUCCAUCCCUUCCAUAUGUGCUUCUAGGAAAAAGUUAUCAGUCUCACAUCACCAGAGGGCUUGAAUGAAGAGGCUGCCAUCAGCUAUUCAAACAUUCAUCCAGUAUUAACUGAGCACCUACUCUGGGUGAGGGUCACCAGGGAGCACCUGCCCCACUCCAGACUUUGAAGUGCGCCCGUUUCAUCACAUUCUUUGGUGUCCUGGCAACCAGAGACUCUGAUCUGAACUCCAGCCAGAACAGAGGCCAUUCCUCCCUGACCACUGUCACUCGCCACCAUCCCAAGCCUUUGAGGACCAGUCCGUGUAGCUCUCGGAACCACUGAAAGGUACCCCUUGUCCUUGAGGACGCCUGGAAUCCGAGCCCCACUGACCUACCCCGGCAGGAUGAGCUUCUCACUCACGUUCACCGAGCUGGCCAACAUCGCCAUCCCACAGUGCGGGGUGCUGAACUUCAAGGCCCUGCACCUCCUGCUGCACGGCAUCUUGGAGCACAUCCACAUGGCUGAGCUCAAGAAGGACCUCUCGGGGGAUGAGGACUUCCUGCAGACCUCGCAGGUGGCCAUCGUGCCCAGGGAAGGAGAUGCCCAGCCCAUCCUCAACCCCAUGAACAGGCUCAGCAAUGUCUUCGACCAUGUGGUGAGCCGCCUCGACAAGAUGGAGAACCAGCUGGCCCUGCUGCAGGACCUGCCCUCCACCGCCCAGCUGCUGGAAGCCAGCCAGGGCACUGCCCGGCCCGUCCAGGACCUGUGGCAUCUGAUCAAGCUCCGGAAGAUGGUGGAGGGUCAUGAUGAAGUCAUGGCCAAGUCAAUGCAGACCCUGCAGGACUUGCUCACUGAUCUUCACGCGCUCCAGGUCACCAUCACAGCCCUCAGGAAGGAAGUGGACAUGCUGAAGAACAUGCUUGACAAGGUACACCCAGAAAAAAUGGAUAUCUUCGCUGAAGACUUCAAAAUACAGAACCGGAAGAUG